UGGGACCAGAAAGGGGCCAAUAUGACCGGCAGAGAGGGGCCCCCCGCCCCCGUUCGGAGCACGGGAUUUGGCAUCCAGGAGAUCUUGGGACUCAACAAGGAACCCCCUACACCCUCCCAAAGGCACCUGCACCCUUUAGCUCCUGGAACCCACCUGCUGGCUGCUCGCUCUGGCCUGGGGCUUCUGACAGCCGGGGGGAUUCCCACCUUCUACACCCAGCCGGGGCUGUUACUGGGGGACCCCCCGGGGCCAAGAAUACAGCCGGCGAGUCAAGAGGAGGGAAGCAGAACCUGCAGUUCAGAUUCAGAAGAUGUUUCUUCCAGUGACAGAAAACUUCCCAAAUCCCUCAACCAGAGCAAAAAACGGAAGAAGAGGCGGCACAGGACAAUCUUCACUUCUUACCAAUUGGAAGAACUUGAAAAAGCAUUUAAUGAAGCUCAUUACCCUGACGUCUACGCCCGAGAGAUGCUGGCCAUGAAAACUGAGCUCCCAGAGGACAGAAUUCAGGUUUGGUUCCAGAACAGACGAGCGAAAUGGAGAAAAAGAGAGAAAUGCUGGGGUCGAAGCAGCGUGAUGGCUGAAUAUGGUCUGUAUGGGGCAAUGGUUCGACACUCAAUUCCCCUCCCAGAAUCAAUCUUAAAAUCGGCGAAGGAUGGCAUAAUGGAGUCCUGUGCUCCCUGGCUUCUGGUUCAAGAUGGCUUGCAAAUGCCCAGACGAUUUUCUAAACCAGAAUACCAACAAUUCUUUGCAGGAAUGCACAAAAAGACACUGGAGACAGCAGCAGAUAGAGUGCAGCAGCCUGAACAAGAAGCACCAGCUCUUCCAAGUCAACCCACAACCAAUGAAAGAAUGGAGCCUGAGCUGUCAGCUCCCAUCUCAGAGGAGGAACUAAGGGAGAACAGCAUCGCAGCAUUACGUGCCAGAGCACAAGAGCACAGCGCUAAAGUUCUGAGGAGCACUAACUGUGAGACGCCCGCAAGGAAACAUGAAACAGAAAAUGGAGAGGAUGAAGAAAAGAAACAGAGAAGUGAAUCACUAGAGCAGCAAGAGCCAAAGGUCUGA